CGUUCGCGAGAUUAGUUCUGUUGAUGACCUCUCAGUAGGAACAGUGCGGAGUUGUUGACACAUCAAGAUGGUUCAAGUGGGAUUAUUGUUGGUGAUGGUAGUUUCUGUGGUGGCUUACAGGGAAAUCGAGUUUAAAAACUGCAAAACUGCUACCGGUACCGGAUCACUCACAUGUAAGGUGAAAAAUGUGAAGAUAAACGGUUGCAUGGAGCCUUCUACAUGGGUUGACAAGGAUGGCUUUGUUAUCGAAUAUGUAUCUGGAAACGUGAAGAACCCAUGCGGAAUCGACACUACUUCUACACUCAACUUCAGCAUAACAUUUGAACCAGGCUACAACAUCGACACAGUCCGGUCCCAGUUCACCGUGCCCGACAUGCAAGACUGUUGGCGUAUCCAGGACGAUGCCAAGUGUCCUGUUGACAUCGGUCCGGAAUCCGGAUGCUCUCACACCAAAUGUCCCCUACAGUCCGGACGGCAACAGCGGUACGAGACCUCAUUGUAGUCCGGUGGCUUAGGGCUUUAAUUUAC